GUGCUCUGACUUAGAUGUACGGGUUAAUAAGUCUUCCCGGGGGACAACCAGACGGCCCUCCUUCCCCACCGUGAGGACCCAAGGGGGGCUUCGGGGGACCGAGUCUACAUCUAAAGAAGACAGAACCUUGUGCCUGCCUGCCCAAGCCUCUUGCUGAUGAUUUUAGUGGCUUCGGGUCUGAGACUCCAACUUUCACUGCACGGCUAAGGGUCUCUAUGAUUCCCACAUUUCUAGAGCCAUCCAGCUGAGUGAACCCAAGGCUUAUUAUACCUGAGAACAAGGACUGGGUGAUUAGCAACAAAACAAGAGCCCUCUCUGGGGCCUCUGGCAGAGGCCUGAAGCUGGAACCAUCAGGGAAUAUGAGUGAAUUUUGGCACAAACUGGGCUGCUGCGUGGUAGAGAAGCCUCAGCCGAAGAAGAGGCGAAGACGGAUUGACCGAACCAUGAUCGGGGAACCAAUGAAUUUUGUUCACUUGACUCACAUUGGCUCUGGAGAGAUGGGGGCUGGAGACGGACUUGCCAUGACAGGUGCAGUUCAGGAGCAGAUGAGAUCCAAGGGAAACCGAGACAGACCAUGGAGCAAUUCUAGGGCUUUGUAGUUCCCAUGGGACUGGUUCUGCAGUCUUGAAGUUCUGGUUCCAUGUCCAGCCCAGAAGAAAUGCCACCCUCACCAGGUCCCUUCUACAACCAGUGACCCAAGAGCCCCUCUCCUCCUCCUCGUCCUAACAAGUGCCUCAAAAGGCAUGGGGGCUGGACUCCCUCUACCCCCUCUGGCCUCUGCCCCUCCUGGAGAUGGGGUCAAGGCAGCAGGACUGACCAAGUGACUACUGGUGGGCCAGAGGAGCUCAGCUGCAGCCCUGGGCACCCUAGAUCUGAGCUGGGGGUUCUCUGGGAACCUGGAAUGAGUUCCCUGCUCCUGAAUGAAGGUCGGGUGCCACCUGUUUAAACUUCUUGCCUUUACUCUUUAAAUGAGGCAGGUAGGUGAGGGGAUCCAAGGUGCCUCCCUGCCCUCCCUUCUGGAAGAGCAAUGCAGAGGUCAAGGGGCAGGGUUAGCACUGCCCAGUCCCGCUGGAUCUCAGACCUUAAACUCACAGCCCUCCCUCCCUCCAUGUCUCUGCCGGCACCAGGGUCUUGCUGCAGUUAGGCCUCUAAUCCCUGCUUCAGUAGUGUUAAUAGCGUCCCAGAAAUAUUCUUUUUUUUUUUAAUUAAUUAAAAGUUUAAUUUAAGAUGAGUUCUUUUAAUUACCCCCAUCCAUCCUGUCCUUGCCCCAUCCCUGUUAGGAAUCUUAUUGUUUCCUGUUGAUAAGAGGUGAGGGAUGGAUCUUAAGUUGACCACAUUCCAUUUAAGACUUGAAGUCCUGGCCUACCCUCUGUCAGACUCCCUGCUGGCCAGGUGAGAGGAAGAGGAGGGUUCAGAUAAAAAGCCAGGAUGUAGCAAAAUUAGCUGUAUCUAGGGUAGACUUCCUGUUAGGAAUGAGACAGUGGUGAGGUAAAUAGGUUGAAGGCACCCUUCGAACGGGACUUGAGAUCCUUUAUGGAAGUCUAGCUUUUCAACUCAAACAGCUAAAAACAGUUUGGACAGUUUGGGCUGCAUAAAUCUUUGUGAUGGAGGACUGUUCUGCACACUAUAAACCUAUAAACUACAGUAUCUCUGGCCCACCCUAGUGUGGCAACCGAAAUACUCCUGGAAAUUGCCAAAUGUCUCCUAGGAACCAAAUUACCCACAGUUGAGGGCCACAGCUCUAGAGUGAAGAUAUUUUUUUUCUUAAGUGAUUUCCACAUGCUUCCACCCCCACCCCCAGUCUGGUUAUUCACCCUGAGCCAUGGUGAGCUAGCUGGCGCCCUCAUAGGGCAGGUUCAGCAGAGCUGCACAUCUUUCUUUCCAGAUGGAUUGCUUGUGCUUGCCUGGGCUCAAGUCUCUGUGCAGACAGUCUUAGCAAAAGGGCCUUCUGCAGUAUGGAGACAUGAGUAGGGUAUGCUGGGAUGAGAGACGAGGGCCCAGACGCUUCAGAGAAUUGGUUAUGCUACCCAUGCACUGAGCUCCUCUGUCCUUGAACCCAGUAUAAGACUCAGGGAGUUUAGGAGAUCGGGUGUCUCUCACCACGUGGCUAGAGAUCCUGCUUUAUGGGAAGCACUGUGGGAGCAAUCUUUGGGCCCUUUGUUUUCUCAGGUCUUUUUGUUCUGGCCCUUUCUUUGCAGGCUGAUUAGAAAGGCAGAACAAGACAGAUGAGCUCCUGCCCAUGCUACAAAAGGGGGCUGGGGUCUCAUUAGCUCUGUAAUAGGAAGCUUGUUGUGUGGUAAUGGGUCAGGGCUGUGCAAACCGAGCCACUCCUGCUGACUCCAUCCAGUUAAUCCUCUCCUAGUGACUCAGAUUUUCAUUUGUCUGGAGCUCAGUGUGCUCCCUGUAGUUUUUCAGGCUCUUCCAUUCCUUGUGCACAUCCAUUCCCAGAUUGCCUACUUGCAGCUCCAGUCAGGCAGGCCAGCCUCCCUGAAGGGAGCUUACCUCACUGCCCUGGAGGUGUCUUUAGUUGGAGGCUACAUGAACACUUGCAGGCACUGUGGACCUAUGCCCACUGGGCAGCACGCUCCCAGGAAGGCCAUGAACAUCAAGUCACAAUGGCAAAAAGUUGAACACUGUGGGAUAACCAGGAGGGGAUGAGGUGUGGGUGAGCCCUGAGCUCCAGCCUCUGUUAACUAAUUUGGGCACAGUCUUGUCUUUGAUGCUCUCCUGCCUUGAGCUACCUUCUCCAAUGUAUAUGCCACCACCACUUAACAAGGGGAUUGGAAUGGGUUGAGAGUCAUAAUUUAUAUUAUAAACUUGAUGAACUUUUAAGAUACAUUUUUCCAAUAAAAGAAUUAAGGAAAAUA